UGCGUAACCCCGCGCAUGCGCAGUAGGAUCCGAUUUAGCCGCUGUAUUUCCUGCUUGCUGUUUCCACUCGGAGCAAUGGCAGAAGUGAAAGCUUCUCUGAUUUGUGGAGUUAUAGCGGCUUUCCUAAGUUCAGCGGUGCUUGCAUUUGUUGAGGAUCUAGAUGACACAUUUAAAGACACCAGAGUGAACGAUGUCUGGCUGGUUGAUUUCUAUGCACCGUGGUGCGGUUACUGUAAAAAACUAGAGCCGGUAUGGCAUGAGGUGGGAAUGGAGCUGAAAAGCUCUGGGUCGCCGGUCCGUGUGGGAAAGAUGGAUGCCACUGCUUACUCUGGAAUGGCAUCAGAGUUUGGUGUUCGUGGUUACCCCACGAUAAAACUGUUAAAGGGUGAUCUUGCCUAUAAUUACAAGGGACCAAGGACAAAAGAUGAUAUUGUGGAGUUUGCAAACAGAGUGUCAGGACCGGCUGUCCGAGCACUUCCCAGCAAGCAGAUGUUCGAGCACAUGAUGAAACGACACGACGUACUCUUUGUGUAUGUCGGUGGGGAGUCUCCCCUCAGAGAGAAGUACAAUGAUGUAGCCUCAGAGCUCAUUGUCUACACUUACUUCUUCUCUGGUUCAGAGGAAGUCUUGCCAGAGUCACUGACUUUGCCAGAACUUCCUGCAGUUGUGGUCUUUAAGGACGGAGGCUACUUCACCUAUGAUGAGUAUGAAGAUGGUAGUUUGUCAUCGUGGGUGAACAAGGAGCGGUUCCAAGGGUACCUGCAGAUCGAUGGCUUCACGCUCUAUGAGCUCGGAGAAACAGGCAAAUUGGUGGCGAUUGCAGUCAUUGACGAGAAGGACCCCACAGAGGAGAGUGGCAGAUUAAAGGGCUUGAUUCAGAGGGUGGCGAAGGAGUACAGAGAACAUUUUAACAGAGACUUCCAGUUUGGCCACAUGGAUGGGAACGACUACAUUAACAGCCUCAUUAUGGGCGAGGUGACAGUGCCCUCUGUUAUCAUCCUCAACACAUCCAACGAGCAGUACUUCCUGCCCAGUGAGCCGAUUGAGACCAUGGAGCAGCUGGUUCAAUUCAUCAGCAGUGUUUUGAACGGUUCUGCACAGGCAUAUGGAGGUGAUGGCAUCAUUCAGAGGAUCAAACGUGUGGCCUUUGAUGCCAGAUCCACCAUUAUGUCGGUGUUUCGCAGCUCACCGCUGCUGGGCUGCUUCCUGUUCGGCCUACCGCUGGGCGUAAUUAGCCUGAUGUGCUAUGGCAUCUGCACGGCUGAGUCGGAUGAUGGUGCGGAUGACAUGGACGCGCUCAAGAGGGAAGGCCUGACUGACGAGGAGGAGGAAGAGGAGGAGGAGAGGCAACGUGCCGCUGAGCUGGAGGGCCCCGAAGAAGGGGAGAACGAGGAAGAGGAUGUUGGAGAGAAGGAUCCUGAGGAGAAGAAAACAGAUUAACACAGGGGCUCCUGCCGCAUAGAGGAUGAUAGGCCUAGUCAAAUGCAGUGAAAUGAAACUCAAAGACAUAUCAAUGUAUUACUGUUCUGCUUCUUUGUUUUUCAUCUCACUUCCCAUCAGAGUCCCUCUAACACAGACUGUUCUCCUAUCUUUCAGUUCUGUGUGUCGGUGUGUAAGGUCAGCUGCUCAGUGAAGCCAUCAAAUCAUGUUUAAAACUAACAGCCUUUUUAAAUGAUGGAGUGUAAACACAUAAUAACUUUAUUUGUAUUGCACUUUUCAAAACAAUAGUUACAAAGUACUUCACAGAGCGAUGGAAUACAGAAAGGUCAUCAUAAAUAAAACAUAGAAACAUUAAAAUAGACAUUGGAUAAAACCAUUAAGGCACAAUAAAUGUAGUAAAAGUAAUGUAGUUAAAAGUAAGUAAAAUCAACAAAGAAACAGCAGAAGCUAAAGGCAGACAGAUAAUUGUGACUGUCUGUACAAUACAAGUGUGUUUUGAGAUGGGACUUGAGGGUUGACACUGAAGUGGCGAGCCUGAAUUCUUGUGGCGAGGCGUCCCAAAGUCAAGGGGCCUUGACAGUGAAUGCUCCGUCACUUCCAGUCACUGACCUCUGUAAAGUUAAGAGAAGAAGGGAUGGCUGUGAACCAAACAUACCACUUAUUUAUUAUGAUUCAAACAACCAGUGGUCUAUUCCAUGUGAUGUGUGACCCUUUCUCUGACAUUGUUUGGUCGUUUCGAAACCACUUUAAUGCCCUUAUUAUAUCUUCUUUUUAUUGUCAUAUCCCAAUCUCUUCUAUGGUUUUUUUUUAUUCUAAUUUACUAUAACAUCCUACAGUAGUAGAAACAGAUAAAUCUUGCCUUCAAACUGAGAAGAACAUAAAUAGACUGCAACAUUUUGUAUACCUUUACCCUCCCUGACCCAAAGUGUAGGCUUAUCAUGUAUAGUGAUGUCUGUAGAAAGCAUAGGAAGUGCCCAAGAAGGAAAAUUUGCCAUAAAUGAAUUGUGCUUUUUUAUUGUCUGUUAUUGCCUGAAAAUAUUUCUUCUUGUUCUUUUUCUAGGGGUGCAAAGUGCCGAGACAGUCGUGCAUUUCAACUUAUUUCUCGUGCCAGCCACCUGUUACUGUCCAUUACUGUAGACAGCUGGUGAAAAAAGCUGGAAAGGUAACUGGUAUCAGUCUUGUCUGAUAUCCAGAAUGUGGCAAAUAAACAUUUUUAAAACCCAUUUCAACCCAACAUGACGAAUCUGCUUCGUAUAGAUGGGUUGUACCUGUAUAGCAAACUCCCAUAACAUGCAUCGGUAGCUUCUGUGGCUCUUAACAACUCAUAUUCCUCAGAUAGACUGGCUCUGUCUGUUUCCAUAUUUCAAUCUGUCCUCCAUCACUGGUUUCUAUAUUGAAUUCAGUAAGCAGGUUGAAGUUUACAUCCUGAUGCACUGAGACAUACACUAAGCAUAUAAAAUAUUAGGACUGUCUUCCUACUACUGAAUUUUUUUGGUUACAAUCCACUAUUAUCAGUCGGUUUUGAAAUCCCUCCCUAUGCUAUUUUCAUAGCCUUGCGAUUAAAUUGUAUGUAUUAGCUGAAAUCAAGUAAGCAUCACUGCUUUCUCCUGAAUUCACCUGGUCGCCUUUUUCAUGGAAAAAACUGCUCCUAAUAUUUGCAACACUGAGUCUGAUACGUUUUUAUGAAAACUACACCUUGUUGGAUUUGGGGUCCAGUGGUGCUUCAGUGCCACAUGAAAACAUGUUUCAUUAUCUUUAUUAUCUACUGGAUAAAAUCAAAUAUUUGUGACUAAAGAAGGAAAAAAAUAAAGGUAGCACAUCACUCAAAAACUCCCAACAGCUGUUAGAUUUUCCUCUUGAUUGGUGUGUGGAAAUACCAGACAUUGCCUUUUUUCAGUCAAAACACAAACGCUAUAAAAAAUUCUUGUGUUAAACAACCUGUGUGUUUCCACAUAUGGCUGAUGAAAUCAUACUGGACCCCAUUGUUCAAAGUAAAGAGCUGAUUAUUUAAUUUAAAGCAAUAGUUUUUGGGGAAAUAUGGAAAUAAAGAUAAGAGUUCAUUCCACUCUCAUGUCUGAAACUAGUGCCAGCAGCCAGUUAGCUUAGCGUAGUAUAAAGACUGGAAACCAAAGGAAAAAAGCUACUCUGGCUCUGUCCAGAAGCAAUAAAAUCUGCCUCCAAACCUGUUUUAAAGCUCUAAUUAACACGUUAACUCUCUUUUGUUUGAUUCGUUCAACAGUUGUUCGUUCAACAGUGUUGACAAGACUCCACAGAGUCACAAUGCACCUCAAAGAAAAACAAAGUAGUAGUUUUGGACUGAAGCCCUGUAAAACCACAAUGUGAUAUUUUUCCUCUUUACUUUAUGCACAGAUUGUACAAACAAGAUAUAACAUAUUGAUUGGUGAGUGUUAGGGGUGCUUUUAAAAGUGCCAGGCUAGCUCUUUCCCCUGCUUCCAGUGUUAAUGCUAAGCUAUGCUAAUCAGCUGCUGGCUCUAGUUUCAUAUUUACAGUACAGACAUGGGAGUGGUAUUCAUCUUCUAAUGUGACUCUCUUUCUUCCAUGAAUUUUGAACUAUUCCUUUGUAUGCACGUUAGUUUUUUUAUUUGCUUUUGAACCAUUUUACAUCACUCAUUAUGUUUAAUGUACAGAGCUCCAAAGCACGUAUAAGUUUGAAAUGAGGGAACCUUCAAAUAUAUCGGUGGUGAAUGAGUGCAAAAGCAUUCAGCAUGCAUUCUUGACCUUGGGAACAGUAGUUUAACAGAGUAAUCUUAACUCAAGGUCCACUUCUUAGCUUUUUUUCCUGAGCUUUCAACCUGACCUCAACUAGUAAGUAGUAAGCGGUCCUUGAAUUGAGAUAUUUUCAAAUGGUAAUGAAUGUUUUGAGCUGUUUAUCCCCUCAGCCCUCAUCCUUACCCCUGUUCUAUAACAUUUUUAAAGUGUAGCUGAGUAAUAAGCUUCAGGUUUUGUUUUUCAUUAUUGCUCAUGUCAUUGUGCUUUUGCAGCUCAGUAAAUCUUGUAACUUGAUUGACUUAGGCACCUCAACCUAAACACACCUGUUGUUUUUAAUAUACAGAGGUUAUCUGCAUUAUUACUGUGAAACUGCACUAAAGGAAAACCAUGCCCUCGUCUUGCCUUCUUUGGUCUUUGUAGUUGCCUAUCAUUCUCUACCAAGCUUCCUCUUUGGGUGUCAAUUGAGAGUAUCACACUUUGUUACAGGUUUGGAAGAUUGAAAUAAAGAUUGUCCUCUUUU